GAUGGUGGCAUAAGAGCAGCAGUUGCAGACUUUGGACUUAACUCAUCUAACUCAGUUGUUACAGAUAAAGUGCAAGUUAAAGGCACUUCAUAUGCAAAUGGUAUGCUUGUCGUACAGAGAUAUACCAAAAGACAACUACAGUUGGGGGAAAUAGCAAGCAUUGUUAUCAAAAGUGAAACAACUGUCCUGCUUUUGCUGCGGGGGAAAACUGCCAGCUGGGUACCUGAGCUUGGCGUCUAUGAAAUUGACAAAAAUAGUUCCAAUAAGCUUUUUUGUGAAAGUCUUGACAAGCUUAAUGACUAUGCUCCACUUUCUUUUUACCACAGAGGUGCAAGGUUACUCAUCCCACUCAAGCAUAUGCCACUAUGGAGCUUGUGAAAGAAUUAGUUCAGAAAGCUAUGCCAUCGCUCAGUAAUCAUGUAAUGGACUCACUCAUGGCAAGACUGGAAGAGAUUGGAGUAAACAAUGUAGAUGACCUUAACUUUGUCAAGACUGAGGAUGUCAAUGGAAUUCUGCCACCCAUUCAGCAGAGAAGACUAAUUCAAGCUUUCAGUGCAGAGUCACAAGCUGUACUUGGCUCUGCUUCGACAUCUCUGCAACACAAUGUCCAUCUGCCCCAAACUCCACCUCCGACACCUGGUCCCAUGGAGGAUUCUCCAUCCCGGGAGACAUAUGAUGUACCAUGGCACAAAAUGCCCCCAAACCUCAUGCUUGCCUUAAGUGAAAAGAAGAGACCAAAGCCUAAAGAGAGAAGAGAGCUGGUUCGUAUAGUCAUUGACGAUGUACUCAGUAAAGAGCGUGGCAGGCCUGGAAGAGCAAAGCUGCGGGAGAUUGCCAAGAAGAUUGUAGAACAAUAUCCCUGCUCUUUUCAAGACAGAGAGCUCAAUGGAACUAAAGUCAUUGGAACAGGAUAUGAUGCUCUCUUCAUACAGCUAGAAAACCGACUUGAAAAUAUUAGAAGGCCAUUUACCUUCAGCUCAACAAAGAGGCCAGCAGAGGCUGAAGACGCAGUGAGGAAAAAGUCUACACUCUCAGAUCGUUAUGGGUGUGUGGAGUGGCAGCCUGCUAUUGAGGACAUAGCAGAACUAGAGUCUAAACAAGAUGACUUGAAAACGUGCAACUAUCAACAAAGGAAGCACUGUAAAACAGUACUGGAAGAGUGGCCCUUCCUUUUUGAAGCUGUUCACCUGUUUGACCACACAUGUACCCUCCUUGGCUUACCAGUGCAAACAAAGCUGGCAGAGGAAAUGUCCAGAAAGGGAAAGAGCAUCAAAGACUUCCUUGACUCAAAUGGGAUGAAGAUGCCACCAGGUGAAGAUCCAGUACAGCUGAUCUCAGGCAUUGCAAAAUUCUUCAAGGAAAAGCCUGAUCUCCUUUUCUACCAAAGUGAGGAGUCAACUGCUGCUGGACUGAGCAUCCCAAGCACCCCUUGCAUCCUUAUCAUGGGUGAUCGACGAUUCAAGAUCGCUGUCGAUCAGGAAGUGGUCAAUGACCAUAUCAACUCCCUCAUUGUGGCCCUGAGCUACGCUUUCUCUUUGUUUUAUGUAUUAAACAUAAAAUACCCAAAGAAGAUGUCAAUCACCCUGGAAUUCAUACAAAGGUAA